AUGUAUGGAGUAAGGAGUAAUAAGUGGAAGAAGCUCAACCUCACAUACCGCCCGCCGAAUCGUAGAUGUCGAGCAGGAGAGCCCAGUGCCUCGCUAAUGCGAGCUCAAGUCGAGCAGACGAAAAGUAGGAGCAGUGGUACUUCUAUGAUCAUGCACCUGAGACUCACCUCGGGAAGUCGUCUACAAUUGCGCCUCUUCGGACUCGCAACAUUUCAAUCCGAUCUCUCCGACUCCCUCGGCCCUUGCACCCUCCAAAUUCGGUCGGGCAGACUCGAAGUGUCAACCCUUUGUCACACAACGAAGAAGCGGAAAGAGGACAACAGAUGA